UUUUGACAAUCUCGCCGUGCUCUGUUGACACGGCGGCCCGCUCGCCGUUCCCUUUCGUUUCCCACCUCCGAGGUCUGACUCGUCGGUGGCGGCGGAUCGCCUGGGCGAUCGCGUAUGUACACCGCGACAACGCGAAUACGGUGCACCGCCGCCGCACAGCGCCUCUCCUCGCGCAUCCUCUCCUGUGCCACGUCUCCUCUUUCCGCCCGUUGUCUGAUCGCCCCUUUUCCUUUUUUCCUUUCUCUCUCUCCCUCUGUCCUCGCUUUUCGCGUCGUGUCCCUCGGAGUCGCGGAGUGCGUCCACGUUCGACGGCGACCGGAGUCGCGCACCGCGUCGCAGUGGGAAACGGUGUUUUGAAUUUUGACGUUCCGUUUCUCUCUUUCCUUUUCGUUCCCUCCCCCUCUCUCUCUCUCUCUCUCUCAUUCCCUCGACUACGUGUGGGCGGUCGUGCCUGUAGAACGUCGACGUUAAUGGAGGACCGCUUCCACGGCGGUGGCUGCUCCUACGGUGACUCUGCAACUUUGUCGCGCGGACAUCGUGGAAAUAGCGGCGCACCGCGUCAUCGCGCGUUCCCGCUGUCGUCGUCAUCAUCCGCGUCGUCGUUGUCAUCAUCAUCGUCAUCAUCAUCGCGUAUCAAUCGCGCGCACUUGUCCGCGCUCCGUUCGUCGGCGCGUAUCCGUAGCGCCGCGGUGCCGCAGCCGCCGUUGAGAAGCCACCGUUGUUGCCGCUGUCGCCGCUGCUGUCGUCUUCGUCGUGGUGGUCGUCAUCAUAGUCCUCGUAGCCGGAACGCGCGCCGCCGCUGUCAUCCGCGCGCAGCAGAACGACGGCGCCCGCUAGGAUGUGGCGCAUCGGUGGAGAUGGAACGUAUCACCUCAAAGUACUGGUCCCCGGUGUGGCAGCUGGGGCCAUCAUCGGAAAAGGUGGAGACACAAUUGCUCAACUUCAAAAGGAUACGGGGGCAAGGGUGAAAAUGUCUAAAUCGCAUGAUUUUUAUCCAGGAACUACCGAAAGAGUAUGCCUGAUCACAGGCAGCGUAGAAGCUAUAAUGGCGGUAAUGGAUUUUAUCAUGGAGAAAAUACGCGAGAAACCUGACCUCACCUCGAAAACUACGGUCGACUUUGACUCUGGUAAAGCCACUGCGGAGAGAGAUAAGCAGGUGAAAAUUUUAGUGCCUAACAGCACUGCAGGGAUGAUAAUAGGAAAGGCCGGGAAUUACAUUAAGCAGAUUAAAGAGGAGUCCGGCUCGUAUGUCCAAAUAAGUCAGAAAGCUAAAGAUCUAUCACUUCAAGAGCGAUGCAUAACGGUGAUCGGUGAGAAAGAAAAUAAUCGUAAUGCGUUACUCAUGAUCUUAGCGAAAGUGGCAGAUGAUCCGCAAAGCGGAACCUGUCUUAAUGUCAGUUACGCGGAUGUAAGUGGUCCCGUUGCCAACUACAAUCCUACAGGCAGCCCGUACGCUCAAGCCCCCACAAGUACUCCCACGUAUACGUCUACAGCUGGUUUAAACACAGUGAGCCUCUUGAACGGCGCUGGUCUAAGUCUGAAUCUGAAUCUGGGCGCGGCCAUUACAGCGGGCACCGCACCAGUAACGACGCAGCUGUUGGAACACAUAAAGCUGAAUCUACGUACAACAGGCUUUUCCGAGCCCGCCGCUACGGAGAUACUCGCCGCGAUCGCCACCCUCGCCAAGUACAAUAUCCUUGGGAUGGGGAUCGGCAUGCCGUCGAGUAUGAGUUAUUUGGGCAAUCCGAUGGACAGUACCACGACCGCGAACGGUUCGAAUAACAACGGCGGCGUGUUUGGACCGAUCGGUACUGUGCCCGCACUCGGAUCGACCUCGCCGACGCCGCGCAACACCCUCGAUCGGUACGAGCCGUUCGAUCCGUUCAGACAGAACAACACUGCUGCCAGUGCUAUACACCUGAACAACAAUUCGUUCGGCCUGGGCACUAACCAGUUAUCACUUGUAAGUAAGAGUCCUACACAGGUAGACGCCAACAGCAAGGAAACCAAGAAAGUAGACAUAGAAAUUGCAGAGGUUAUAGUGGGAGCUAUUCUGGGACCCGGUGGUCGUGCCCUCAUUGAGAUUCAGCACCUAAGUGGCGCCAACAUACAAAUCUCUAAGAAGGGCAUGUUCGCCCCUGGUACCAGGAACCGCAUAGUGACUAUCACGGGUUAUCCCAAUGCGAUCAACACUGCUCAGUACUUGAUCGAGCAGAGGAUCAGUGAAGAGGAGGCGAAGCGAGCACGUCAGAAUGCCAUCGCCAAUAUGAUCCAUUGAUUUCACGUACGGCAUACCACUUGUUCAUCCCCAUUAUUGAGCUCCGUUGUUCACCUCUUCACGCCCUGAGAAGUCGCGCCCGACAAACGGCGGUUCUCUUCUCUCCCUGACUUUUCGAUAUAUACGAUAUAUAUAUACUACAUAUAUAUAUACUAUAUAUACAUAUAU